UCUCCCUUUGGAAAUAUUUUUGAGCGGCAAUUUUAUAUCAGAAUGGUUAAUGUUGAAAAUCUAAUAUCUCAAGGGAAAAAGCAUUUUUUAAUGAAAGAAUAUGAGCAAGCCAGUGAUAAUUUUGCUGAAGCUUGUGAAUUAUUAGCAGAAACAUUUGGUGAGAUGGCUGAUGAAUGUGCAGAACCUCUUUAUUUAUAUGGAAAAGCUUUAUUAGAAGCAGGAAGGAUGGAAAACAAUUUAUUAAAUAACAACGAAAACGAUUCUGAAGCAGAUGAAGAAGAUGAAACACAAAAUAUUGAAGAUACCACUCACAAAUUAAAUAAUAUAGAACCUUUUGAUGAUGAGCCCUUAAACAAUUCAGAGACAUUAGAUAAUAUUACAAAUUAUCAACUUGCUUGGGAAGUUUUAGAUUCAUCAAGACUGAUAUAUGAAAAAAAAAAUGAUAAAGAUUCUCAAACCAAAUUAGCAGAUACAUAUUUAAAAUUAGGAGAACUAAGUCUUGAAUUAGAGAAUUAUGAAAAAGCAAUAUCAGAUUUAAUUAAUUGUUUGGAAAUUCAAAAUAUAUAUUUACAACCUUAUGAUAGGAGACUAGCUGAAACCCAUUAUAACCUUUCUCUUUCAUAUUCCCUUUUGUCAAAUUAUGAUUCUGCAAUAAAAAGCAUUAAUGAUGCAAUCAAUACUAUAAAAAAUCGAAUAAAUUAUCUGAAUAAUUUACCUACUUCAUCAGACUUUUCAGAUUCGAAAAAUGAAGUUGAAGAAUUGGAAGCUUUGCUUAAAGAUUUGCAUGAUAAAUUGCAAGAUUACCGUGAGUCAAAAGAGAGACCAUUUCAAAUUCCUUCCUUUAUAAAUGGGACCUCGUCUAGCAGUCAAUUGCCUCAAAACAAAGAGACGCAAGGCAAAAUCGACGAUGUUACACAUUUGGUCAAGAGAAAAACGAAGGAAUAAAUUUAUACUCCCAAUUUUAUCAUUUUCUUUAAUCAAAAUAUUUAUUGAUCUUUUAUAUAAUCAUUAUAAAUCUAAAUAUUCUAA